AUGAUUUGGCCGGGCCUGGAGCAGAAUGCCGUGGUGCAGCGGGUGGCAUCGGAUAGGAAGCAGAAGGAGGUGCUUUCUUCGGCCAAGGCGAUCUACCUGCGUGGGGUGGAGCAGGCCGAUCAGUUCGGCAGGUUUCAUCCCAAGUCAGACGUGCUGACGAGCAAAGCUCAAGGAACAGAGCUCUACUUUGAGUACGGAUUCCUGGGAGAUGCAGAUGUACUCCGCUUGACCAAGGCCUCCGCCAAGGCACUCAAAAUGAAGACCUCCAGCGUUCAGGUGGAGGACGGCCGGACCUGCUCGGGCUAUGUGAUUUCCUUGGAGGGUCUGACCGUCAGCGAAUACAAUAGCAUUCGCAAGCUCAAGACAAGCUUCAAGAUGGAAGCGGUGCACCUGCAAACGCACAUGGACAGGCGCGAGCAGCUGACGAUGGAGCAGGGCCAGAACUGGUUCACCCAUCUGUGCAACAUGCAGAUGACCCAUCGCCCGACGGGCGUCCAGGACGCAGCCAGGCACACCCUGCAGACUGUCGCCACCUUGCGGGCUGACCCCGCAUCCGGGUGGAAGGUUGUCCAAGAGACUCCCCCACCGCCACCGCCCUUCGCAGAGGAUGCAGAGCCGCCUGAGGUUGAAGCCACAGAAGCGGCAGAGGAUACGGAAGACAGCACGCUGGGUGCUUUGCAAGAUGCCCCCGCAGUGGAGCACCGUGCUGGACGCGCAGCCGCGAGUGGAGCGGACUUGGACUUUGGACCCAGUGGGAAGGAGAGGCCGAAGAAGCAGAAGCGGAAGCGAGAUCCUGCAGAAGACGAGGACGAGGAUUUGCUUGCUGAGUUUGGAGGCGAAGGCAACAUCUCCGCUGAGGACGACGAGAUGCUUGAAGUGGCCCGCCGCCACUGCCAGGUGACCGGGAAGCAGGUUUCCUGCUUUGGGGAUCUGGUUGUCGCACGACACUUGGCCGGUGAGAAGCUUUGGGGGGGGGGUGAGCCGAUACACCCACAAGGAAAUGCUCCUUGUUAG